AUAUAAUCCCGAGUAGCCUCAAGUACAUUCUCUCUGACGAAUCAAAUGGCCCUGGAUUAAUAGGACAUCGGCAUCUAUACACCGGAUAAGUGUGACCAAGUGACACGCGUCUCAUUUAUCCCAUUUCGCUUUACAGCUCUUCGCCUGGCUCAUCGAUGACCUAUUGGCAUGUAGGACAGUCGAAAUGAGGUGUCCUUAAUAUUACCGGACUCGGUCCCAGUCGAUUGUCUACCUCACGCUUGGAUCGAACUCCACCUUGCAGUGUUGCACCGAUUAUGUGUUUGCUUUCUCGUACCUUUUCCAAAUGAUCUAUGGUGUUCCUAGACGUGCUUUACAGUGCUAUUUAAGAUGGCUGCUAGACUUCCAUGAUCGCGACGAACCGUAAUGAGUUAAAGUGUCUCUGUUGCGCGCACACGAGUGCGUCUCAUGGGCGCUGGACUGUCCUUAGCUUGCGAUGAGUCCUUGUGAUGAGUCCCUAGGAAAUGGAAUCGAUGUGUCCGCCGCUAGCCGGUGGUUUGUCUAUCCGUGUCUUCAGACUCCUAACUGUCGCCUGCCCCUGACUAAAUAUCAGCAUCAUCUAAACCUAUGCCAUCUUGCCUUUGCUAGCUAGGAAACCUUCUGGCCAUUGUAGUAAAUUUUAGUAUCAAUUCUGCUCGGUUCUCCCCUCCCCUACUUUCCUGUACAGGGUCGCUGUUGCUCUUGGCGGCAAAACCUGUAGCACACGGGAUCCCACGGAUGACCCGAUAAAGCCUCGGUUCUAUGAUGUGCCCGGCAGCUGACAGCAUUGUGGCUUGUACUGUCUUUCUGCGGACGUCAUAUUUCCCGAAUGGCUUUUAACGGCCAGUUUUUUGGUCUUCGAUUAUGAAUGGUUGUUGCUGGAUUACGUCGACGGCAUCUGUUCGAAUGGCCAUUCAAUAGCACACCAAGAAGUCCUUCGACCGCUUCCGUACGCAGAAGAUCUUGGAACUUGAAAUCUGUCGGCGUGUUCGGCCCGGAAGGACAUGCUUAUUGGUUCGAGCAUGAGGGCGUGCUCGAAUGGAGUCUGCGGUCUGCCGAUGCCCAAGACCAUUGUUUCCCAACGGACUUACGGCCAAGGCGGAGGAAAAGGUACUGGUGUUCUACUCUGCAUGAUUCUACCCAGUCGUACAAAUACGUCUUCGAGAAGAAAGCUAAAUCUUGGGCGCGCUUCCGUUGAUGUAUCAGGUCGUUCUCAAAAUGCCGAGGGCUGGGUUUAGGACCAAAGCAGCAAGAACGAAUUGCCCAGUGACUCGCACCUCGAUGAUCUGCGUAUUCCCUUAUUCACCGGUUGUCUGGGAGAUCAAGGCCUGCGGGUACAUCGACUCAUUUUAAACAAUGCUGUGUAGGCGGUAAUUGGUGGGGUUCGUUUAAUGCUCAAAUGGUGAACAAAUCUUCAUAUGCCUAUCCGCCAUUCAGUGGGGACAUAGACGGUGAUUGUUUACUAUCUUGCCCGCGGACAUUAGGGCCUCGUCGGUCUCCAUGAUCAAAUAAUAAACAUAUUGCAGUCAAGAUAACAAACCCGGCAUCGUGAACUUACGCCGUGUCGCAUAUAAUUUUCGGCUCGGCCGAGGCAAUGUGAAGAAGGUCGAACAUUUUUUCUCGUCGAAUCUACUAACAACGUGCGGCAAGGGUCGACAAUUGACGCAUGAAACGGGUCUUUUCUGGUCUGCCCUGGGAACGCUAUGUUCAGAACCUUCCCAGGUGACGUUUUCUUGCAGUGUUAUGCCUUCGAUGAGGGAAGUACCGUCUGGUUCGUUAAAUUGGCUUCUAUUUGCAUCGAGAUCCUUCAGAUGCCAACUUUCCUCUGAAAGCCUUGAAGCUAAUUAUCUCAUGGUUGGGAAAGCGAAAGCGUACAUUCCUCUUCUUGAGCUAGAACGCAUGAGAUCUCCUGACUGGUGACCGGCGAUCUUUUCUGCGGAGAAACAGUUGCCACAAGUUGCAGGCGUCGGAGAACUGGAAUCCGUAUAGCAGAAAGAGGAUACGCCACACGUGAUGGGGCGUUCCCUACUACGUUUCGUAUACCUCGCCUGGCGGAGCGAUUCGUAUCGGCUGGGAUGUAUGGACUCGCUCGCCACUACAUGCUAGGCCGGUUGGGGUGAAAUUUUACAUGUACAGG